AUGAAGACGAAGAGACAUGGAGAAGAGGAGUGGGAGAGACAUGGUGACAUGCCUGAUGGUGUUCCGGGUCAGCUAAUGAUGAUGAAGACGAAGAAACAGAGAGAAGAGGAUUGGGACAGGCUCAGUGACUUACCUGAUGAUAUUCUGCUGCAUAUAGUGAAAUUGUUAAGCACAAAACAAGCUGUUCAGACUGGUUUCUUAUCUAAAAGGUGGAAGGACAUUUGGAAAUGUGGUCUCACUAAUCUCAAAUUCAGUUGGGCAGACUUUUGGGAUGUUGCCAAUUUUAACAAAUGUGUGUCUUUGGUUCUGUCUAGUCAAAAUUGCUCCUCCUCCUCCCUGCACAGUCUUGAGUUAUCUUUCUGCUGCUUUAUUAGAUCUAAACCCGUUGACCGCGAAUUGCAGAGUAGGGUCAUUAGAUAUGCUGUACUUCACAGUGUUCAGCAUGUGACAAUCGACAUAGAGUUGACAUUCUCACUCACACCCGAAUUUCAGCUUCCCCCGAUCAUGUUUUCCUGCCCAUCUUUGACAUUUCUUAAUAUUUGCAUUGAUAACAAACAAAAGAUCAAACUUCCCAAAUCUUUCCAUUUGCCAGCUUUAAGAAGCUUGUAUCUUGCCUAUGUCACUUUUACUGCAAGUGACGACAAUGACUGUGUGGAGCCUUUUUCUACCUGUAACAUGUUGAAUACUUUGGUCAUUCAAUUUUGUUAUUUGGACUUUUAUGCACAUGUCCUCCACAUUUCUAAUUCUAACCUUUCCAGUUUGACCAUACGCCACUGUCAUGCUUAUUACAAAAUUGCACUUAGUACUCCAAAUCUCACUUCUCUUACUAUCAGAGGCACUCCUAUUCUCCAACUAUCCUUCAAAUGCAAUCUUUCUUUUCUUGAUGAAGUAUAUAUUGAUGCAAGUGCAAGGUUUGAAAGGGUUUUAGAUAUUGACACCAGAAGGAAGAGAGAUUUAGUCAUCAUAAACUUGCUGCAAGUGCUCGCGAAUGACUCCGUCGUUAGACCAAUGAACUGA